AUGUAUUUCACUUUCGCUGUCGUUUUGCUGACAGUCUUCAGUUCUGCCUACAGCUCUGGAAAAGAUUCAUAUGGAUAUGGAAGCGGGUAUGGUUCUGGGUAUGGAUCUGGAGUUAGUUCUGGAGUGCUUCUAGGAGGUGUUGGAAGUGGAUAUGGUGGAUAUGGAAUCGGAGCUGGUGUAGGUUCUUUAGCUGUUAUAGGAGGUGUAUCCGGUGCUGGAUAUGGACCAGUAGGUAAAGGCGGAUACGGUCCAGGACCAGUUCUUGUCAGUAGUGGAUACGGCUCUGGAUAUGGCUCUGGGUAUGGAUCUGGAGUUAGUUCUGGAGUGCUUCUAGGAGGUGUUGGAAGUGGAUAUGGUGGAUAUGGAAUCGGAUCCGGUGUAGGUUCUUUAGCUGUUCUAGGAUCCGGUGCUGGAUAUGGACCAGUUUCUGUAGGUAAAGGAGGAUACGGACCACGACCAGUUCUUGUUAGUGGUGGAUACGGCUCUGGAUAUGGGUCUGGGUAUGGAUCCGGGGCUGGUUCUGCAGUCCUUCUAGGAGUUGGCGGAAGCGGAUAUGGACCAGUUUCCGGAGGUUAUGGCUCAGGAAUCGGUUUGGGUUCAAUUAUUGUAGGAAGCGGAUCUGGUGUCGGAUAUGGACCAGUCAAAGGUGGUAGUGGGUACGGUCCAGGACCAGUUGUUGUUAGUGGUGGUUACGGCGCUGGAUAUGGACCAGUCUCCGUCGGAGCAGGAUACGGACCAGUUUCAGUUGGUGCAGGAUAUGGACUAGUAUCAGCUGGUAUCGGAGGUGGUUAUGGUUACGGAAAAGGAUCAAAAUACUAGGUGAAGUGAUUAUUAACAAGAUCCCCGAAGAUGAUGAAUCCAUAGCAUUUUAAAAUUCAGACAACAGUCCUUGAUCCGAGUUACUUCCUUUCCCUUUUAUUCAUAUACAUAAUUAUAUAGAUGAAGUUCAUUAAUAAAGAUUUGCC